AUGUCCCAAAGUGGAAGAAAAUCGUUAAAAAAGAAAAAUAUUAUUCCAAGUUUUGAUGAUGUUAUGCAUGCCCAAAUCCAACAUGCUCAAAGAUUUAUUGACUAUGAUGAAUAUGAUAGCACGGACUCUAAUUCAGAUCAUAGCGAGACAGAAUUGCAAGAAAUUGUGAAAGAAGAAAUUUCAAUGAAAAAUCAACCACAAGCACAAACAUUUGAACCCAAGGAAAAGCGCAAAAAGAUUGUAAUUUAUCCUUGGCGACCUAUUGGAAUUACUGGUGGUAGACCCAUGGAUGAAGUCAACAAAUGA